UACUUCCGGUGUAAACAAAAAGUUGAGAGAAAUGUCGACUGUUCAAGUCCUAUGCCCCAACGGCCGGCGACAGAACGUAAAAGUUACACCAAAUACGAAACUCCUUCAGGUACUAGAAGAAGUGUGUAAAAAGCAGGGAUUCCUUCCUCCCGAGGACUACUCACUUAAACAUGGAAGAAAGACUGUAGAUGUUACCCUCUCCAUAAGAUAUUCCAAUCUCCCCAACAAUGUUAAACUGGAGCUGGUGAAGAGUGAGUCCAGCCGAGCGGAACAGGACGUCCUGAUUGCCCUACAGUUGGAGGACGGACAGAGACUACAGCACACAUUUCCCCCCGCCACCUCACUGUGGGACAUGUUACAGCACUGGGAGAAAGCGGACAGUGCUCACACAGGAAACCUAUGUAAGGUGGAUCCGACACAUAAACCCCCCAUCCAGACUACUUGUAUCUACAUGAGAGAGGAGGUAAUAGGCGAGAUUGCCCUACAGGCCAUGACACUUAGAAAGCUGGGUUUAACUGGUGGAAAAGCUGUCAUAAGACUUGUUCACAGACCAGUAGAUGAUGCAGUGAUGGCAGAAAUUUUAGAUAAAAUAGAAAGAGAGAAAACAAAGCUGGAGAAGCUAGACUCAUUAGCUCAAAGACAGCUUUCGCAACAGGAGGAUAAAUCUCUGCCUCCUAAAACUGAAGAGUUAAAGUCUGAAGACAAGUCAAAAUCAGCUGAAGACAAAUCUGAAGCCCUGACCCAGUCAACAAGUCAGACAUCAGAAGCCAUGGAGGUAGACCCAAAACCCAGUACAUCAGUACCAAGCACAUCACAGCAACCAAUGGAAGUAGAGGACAGGAUUGAAACCCCAGGUCAUAGGGCAGCAAAUGAGGCUAGAGGUCAUAGUCAUGGUAAUCGGCAGCAGGAGUUUGUAGAAACAAUCAGGCAGAUGAAUAUUCCAGGGGUUCAAGUGUUUGCUCCUGGAGAUUUUGAUGAAUUAUCACCACAAGAACAAGAGAUUGCAAGACGUCUGGCAGCACAUUACAUGCCACAAAUGGGUUUACAGCCAGCACCCAGUCGGCAAGCAGCAGGGGCAUCAAAACCAAAGAGAGGCCGACCUCAGGAGACUGUCCAGUUCACAGAGUUCAAGUUUCCAGAGGACACAAAGGGAAAAGAUGUUUAUAAAAAUGAACUAAGUGAAGUCAAUAGAGAGGAAUACAAGCCCUGUGAUAGAGAAGCUGUUUUAUUUAAUGCAGAGGAAGUCAUCAGAUCUACUGCUUCAAAUGAAGAUCUGCCGGAUGAAUUCUUUGAAAUAACAGAAAAUGAUAUCAGGAAAAUGAUGGUGGACCUUCAGAAGAAAGCAAAAAGUGAGACGGAUCAGCCCCUGUUAACACGGAGCAUGGUCCAGGACAGGCUGGAGUCCCAGUAUUCUAAGUACCAGCACGUGGUCAUCAGAGUCCAGUUCCCAGAUAAAGUGGUGCUCCAGGGACUGUUCCGACCUAAAGAGACAGUUCAUGCUUUGCAUAAAUUUGUGAAAGAAUAUCUGGAAGACAAAAGUCAAGGAUUUUAUCUUUACACUGCUCCUCCAAAACAGGUGUUAAAGGACCAAACACUGAAUUUGAUUCAGGCAAAACUAGCACCAGCAUCUGUUGUGUAUUUUGGAUCAGAGGCGACUAAAGAUCAUUAUCUCUCUGAGGCUGUGAUGAAGGAAAUCAGUCCAAAGACUAAAGCAGAGGAGAUUGUGGAAAAAAGCUUGCCUAAGGAUGAGACUCCAAGUUCAUCAAGAAAAGAUCAAGUACCUGGCCCUUCUAAAUCAGGCCCAUCUAAACCAAAACCAAGCAAACCAGACUCUGACUCCUCAUCCGAUUCCAAAAAACCGGGCGUCCCAAAGUGGUUUACUGCAGGAAAAAAGUGACAAGUUUCCAAGUCUUGGAAUGAUUUGAUCAAACACUGCAUUCUUCAGCACUUGGAUGGUGGUUCUACCUAUUAGCCUCAUUCUGACAAUAUAGUACAUGACAUUGACGUCAAUCACUCUUCAUUUCAAAGAAAUAAAUGGGCUUAAAAUCUCUACAGAGGUGUUCUUUAUAAUUAGAGUUCAAGGAACAGAGGUUGUUCCAGUUGAUUAUGUACUUUGAAUUUAUGAAUUUUCGUGAGGGUUUAAUUUUCAUUGUUUUCAAGGCAUGGAGAGACCCACAAAUUAAUGACCACGGAAUGU